CACUUCCUUUGCACAGAAGCGGAAACCUCCCCAGAGUUUCCUCCCGACCUAAGGCUCCCGGGACCUGCAGGUGCUGCUACCCCUCCAGGCCUGAGCUUGCCAGCCAGGCCCCUGACCCCAUCGGGACCCUCGACAGGAAGCUGGUAUUUUCUGUGUCCUGAGUUGCGGCCUCAGCAUCUGGCCUCUGCAGGGGGGGGCUGCCCUUGGUGGGCUGGGGGCCAGCAGGAACUUAACCUGACUCAGCUGCAGGGAGGGCGACCUGCAUGCGGAGCGCCGCCCCUGCGCCAUGGACAGCGGCCAGCCCAGUCUGGAGGCCGCGGGCCCCGGCGUCCCCCGCCCGAGCGUGAUCGCGCCGCUGCGCGCAGUGGUCCGUCUGCGCCGCCGCGUGUGCCUCCUGCGCAAGCGGCGCCCCCAGCCGCCCGGCUCGGGGUCGGCUUCCGCGCCCGGGGCGCCGCACGCUGACCCGGACCAGCCCCGGUUCUUCACCUUCGACGGCCCGGAGCCGCCGUCCAGGACGCCGCGCAAGAGGCGCCGACGCAGCCGUGUGGUGCUCUACCCGGAGACCUCGCGCAAGUACCGGCCUCACGCGGAGCGCCGCAGCCGCGCGCAGCGCUGCCUCCUGCUGCUCGUGGCCAUCGUGGGCUUCCAGGUGCUCAACGCCAUCGAGAACCUGGACGAUAACGCGCAGCGCUACGACCUCGACGGGCUGGAGAAGGCGCUGCAGCGCGCCGUGUUCGGGCAGCCGGCCGCCGUGGGGCGCAUCGUGGCGCUGCUGCGGGACUACCUGGCCACGCACGUGCACAGCCGCCCGCUGCUUCUGGCGCUGCACGGGCCCAGCGGCGUGGGCAAGAGCCACGUGGGUCGCCUGCUGGCACGCCACUUCCGCGCGGUGCUUGAGGACGGCGCGCUCGUGCUGCAGUACCACGCGCGGCACCACUGCCCCAAGGCGCGCGCUGCGCAGGACUGCCGUGAGGAGCUGGCCCGGCUGGUGGCCGGCGUGGUGGAGCGGGCCGAAGCCGAGGAGAAGACCCCGCUCGUGGUGCUGGAUGAGGCGGAGCUCCUGCCCCUGGCGCUGCUGGACGAGCUGCACGGCUUCCUGCAGCCGCAGCGCGCCCACCACUUCCACAACGCCAUCUACGUGCUCCUCAGCAGCGCGGGCGGCGCGGAAAUCACGCGCUUCGUGCUGCAGAACGCGUCCCGCGCGCUGUCCCCACGCCCCGACGGCGCCCGCGGUGCUCACGGCGACUGGGAUGCGGUGGCCGCCGUGCGGGCCGAGGAGGAGCUGCGCACCGGCCUGCGGGCGCUCCUGGUCCGCGAGCACCCGCUGUGGCAGGCCGCGGCCAUCGUGCCCUUGCUGCUGCUGGACAAGAGGGCCGUGGUCAGCUGCUUCCGGGACGAGAUGGCCGGGGAGGGCUUCUUCCCGGAGCAGGCCCGGGCCGAGCUCCUGGCCGCGCAGCUCAAGUACUACCGCGUGGCUGGCCGCGAGUUCGCCGUCACUGGCUGCAAGCAGGUGGUGGCCACGGUGAACCUCUUGUAGCAGGGGCCCGGCUGGACACGGCGGACGCUUGUGGGCACGAGGGGACAUCUUGGGGACAUCUUGGUCAUUGGGGGUAGUAGGAGGGAGGGGACCCUGUGGAUUUGCCUGAGGCCCCUAAUAAAUCUGUUUACAGCCCCCACCGCCCUCCCUAACCCGUGGUUCACGCUGGGAGGCUGGUGGGGGUGGCUCAGCUCCGAGCCCCCACUUCGAGUCACAGUUCCUCCAUCAGUGCCCCCAGUCUGCCACCUCCCGGCCCUAGCCCACAUUCCUAAGGACCUGCUGUGUGCCCCUCAUCGCAGGCAUCGGUACAGAGGCUGUAUGGCCUCAGAGAAAGUAGCUCCCAGGGUCACCUAGUUGGUCCCCUGUGGCUGGAUAUGGCUGCAGCAGCCAUCAGACACACUCUCUCUCUCUCUCUCUCUCUCUCUCUCUCUCAGUCCGCGCCCACAACCCCCUCCCCACCCUGUGGGCCCAAAGUCCUGGGUGCUUCUCCAGCCAGGAGAAUGGCAUGGACUCCCCGGAUUUCUCCCGGACUCUGGGGCCCAGGAGCUCCCUGGGAGGCAAUAGGGGGGAUGGGAGUCCACACACAAUGAAUUGAUCCAUUGGAAUCCCCUGAACGCUCAGGAAGGUGGGGGGAUCUCGGGGUGCCAGCGGUAGAUGGCAGGGCCCAAGUUGGGGGGGGGGGGGCGCUGACCUCUCGGAUCCCCCUGCCCUGGCCCCCAACUGGCUUCAGGUCGCUGACUGGGGGAUGCCUGUAGGUAGAGAUCCUUUAGACUCGACCGCAGAGGUUUCCAGACCCCUGUCGCUUUUCGGGCGCGGUGGGCGACGUUUGCGCGCGCGUGGGGUGGGGGGGUGUGCUCCUGGAGGGUUAGGGCGUCCCCCGCGCCCUGGGAUGGCCUCAGUGCUGCCGCCCAGUGGCCGUGCGUGUCCGCCCGGGCCGCGGAGGUCGCGGGGGCGUGUCCCUCGACUCCCUGUCGCCCGGGUCCCCGCAGCAGGCCCAGUUCAUCCUGGAGGAGGGCACACACAGCCUGAGGGCCGGGGACACGUGCACACACGUCAUCGGCGACCCCGGCCACGGCGAAUCCCAAAGGGGGACCCGGGGAGCAGAGGGAAGGGGCCCGCAGAGGCGAAGCUCGAGCUGACUGGGCGCCGGGCUGUGCGGCACCACCCCACCCCACCCCGCGUCGGAGCUCAGCAUGACCUCUGAUCCCCGCAGACCUCAGAAUCAUCCCAGGCCGGCUCCCCAAGGGCCCCGCGUGGCGGGAGCCCCCUCACCGCCCAUCCAUUCUGGCCCUGGGGGCCGUCUGCGGCCCUGGGCCAAGGUCAGCCCGAGGGGUGGGGGGGCGCGCUGGCCGGGGGCCGCGGACCUGCGGACCCGGGCCCGGGAAUCAAGGGCAGAAUGGGGCCAGGCCGGCCAGAGAGGCUCUGAGAACUGGCGGGCAGGGGGGAGGAGGG